AUGGUUUACUUUAAGGACUGCUGGUACUACGUUUAUGAAGGCAACAACCACAUCACACCUAUCGAAAAGUGCGAAAGCUGUAGCAAGCAAGGGAAAUUGCCACAAGGGACGGCGAUCUUUAUUGGAGGCGACAAACUUGGCAAUUGGUGGGAGGAAGAAGUUACUGAAUCGUUUGAUACAACUUCUUAG